AUUUCGGGAACUAAUGUUUUUUUUUAAUACUUCCUCAUAACGUGUUGUUUAUUUUUCCAUAUCCCUACUUUUUGAAUUAUUUUGACGUUUGAUUUUUAGGUUAUGAUUGGGUCGGAUAAUCAGGAGCUUAUCUUCAUAAACUUGCUUUCCUCAUUAAUUGUCGUAAUAAUACUGAAUGAUGGCUGAUGAAAAUUUGAACGAGAGAAAGGAAACUAAAACAUCCAUGACUGAUGAGGAGAGGCUGGUGCUAUGUCAGAAAUUGGACCAAGAGUUAGACGAAUUCAUAAACAGUUUAGAACGCAAAAGAUAUACCGAAGGAUGGCCUGAAGACCGAUGGCAGGAAGAAAUGGACAAACACCCAUUUUUCAUGAAGACUACUCCUGAAAAUGGCGAGAUGUCUCCAUUGGCUGAAGGUUUAGCAAAACUCAAGUAUGAUCCAGAAGAGAACACAGCUGUGGAAUUAGCGAACAAUUAUAAAGAGGAUGGCAAUUUCAAUUUUAAACACAAAAACUACAGGCUUGCAAUUUUAGGGUAUACAGAAGGCAUCAAGCAAAAAUGUGAAGAUGCUGAAAUUAAUGCAAGCCUAUAUAACAAUCGUGCUGCAGCACAGUGGCAUUUGAAAAAUUAUAGAUCUGCACUUUUUGACAGUGAAAGAGCAUUAUCUUUUAAAUCAGAUCAUGUCAAAGCUAGACUAAGAGCAGCCAAAUCAGCAUUUGAAGUGUCACAGUACAACAAGUGCAUAGAACAUUGCCAGAAAUUUCUCGAUACACAACCAAAAGACAAAGAAGUUACAGAAUUAUUGAAUACAGCUAAAAAGAAGCUGAUGAUUCAAGAGCGUGAUCAAAGGAAGAAAGAAAGAAACGAUGCUAAAAAUCUUGAACAGAAAGAGGGUGUUAUAAAGGCUAUCAUUGAAAGAGGCAUAAAGAUCUCUAAUUGUGAUGACGAAGAUGAUAUUGAUUUAUCAAAGUUAGAACCUAGUUUACCAGGAGCACAGGACGCGAUAGUGCAUAUAGAGAACGGGAUACUCAAAUGGCCAGUUUUAUUCCUGUAUCCUGAAUAUCAGAUGACGGAUUUUGUGAAGGCGUGUCCGGAGAACGUGCCUUUGUUAAAUCAAUUACAACAGUUGUUCCCAGCUCCAUGGGAUAAAGAUGAUAAGUAUACAGUUGAUAAAGUCAAUGUUUAUUUUGAGGGAUACGACAAGAUGCCCCAUGUAAUAGACUCAAAGAAAAAUCUCGGUGAUUUAUUAAAGUUGAAGUACUUUGAAUUGAAAGCAGGUACGCCAGCAUUUUUCAUUUUACCUCGAGGUAGUCAAAUAGAAAGUAGAUUCUUGGAAAGUUAUAUUUAGAUGUUGAACUUAUAUUUAUUUUUGUACAUAUUUAUUCAUCAUCUUUAUGAAAAAGUAAGAAGCUGAUUGUAUUUUAUGUA